AUGAUGCAGCCCGGCCCCGCCCUCGCCUUCGCCACGUGGGUCAUGGCCGUCCUGUGCCUCGCCCUCGUCGCCCUCCGCCUCUACACCCGCGUCCACCUCGUCCGCUUUGUCGGCGCCGAAGACUACCUAUUUGCCGCCACCGGCGUCUUCUUCUUGGUCUUUAGCUGCGCCAUCCAGGCCGCCGUCCGCUUCGGCCUCGGCCAGAGCUUUUGGAGCCUGAGCCUGCAGCAGUCGUCCGACGCCAUCCUGUGGACCUACAUCGCCAACACCUUUGCCAUUACCGGCAACGCCAUGGCCAAGCUCACCACCGGCCUCUUUCUGCUCCGCGUGGUGCAGCUGCGGUGGCACAAAGUCGCCCUUUGGUGCCUCGUGGGCGUGACCGCGAGCACGUCCGCGGCCCUCACCAUUAUGCUCUGGAACCAGUCGACGCCCGUCAAGAUGAGCUGGGACCCGUUCCGCACGCCGGGCCACUGGAACCUGCAGAUCCAGCCGAUGAGCGUCGGCCUCGGCGUGUGGUCGAGCGCCUGCGACUUUUUUUUUGCGGCGUUCCCCUGGCUCUUCAUCUGGUCACUGCGUAUGCAGCGGCGGGAGAAGAUUAUGCUCGCCAGCAGCAUGAGUUUGGGUAUCAUCGCCGGCAUCUGUGGCAUCAUCCGGACCGUCGUCCUGGCCCGUCUCAACGUGUUGAACUAUACCUUAACAUUCGUGACGUACUUUGCGUGGGCCGGCGCCGAGAUUGCCGUGUCCAUGGUCUGUCUCGCCAUCCCCACGCUGCGCCCGCUGUACCUCCGCCACCGCGGACUGGCCGUCACCAGCACGCAUCCACGCCACCCGGCCGACGACGUCCUGCCGCAGUUUACCAUGUGCGGGCCCACGCCGGGCGCCGGCGCGAUGGCGCCGACCCAAGGUCCGCCAAAGUUUGCCGACGUCGACCUCGAGUCGGGUCCUUCGUCCAUCGACAGCACGCCGCGAAGCACACCGGGAAGCACGCCCGACAGCGUCCAGGACGAAAAGUUUGACAGUGUGCCAGAGGUCGAGACGCUUCCGUCGCGGCUUCCCAAGGCCUACUUGAGUCGGGGGCAAGACAGCGUCGACGAGAUCUUGGGUUUGUACGGCCCGAACUAUGCGCAUGGCCAGGGCCAAAAGCACGGCCAGAUUUGGAUCAAGAGUGAGGUCUCGGUGCAAGAAACGGCCGCGACAAAUUGGCCAUUGAAAAAGUAG